GCAAGAAAUCCUACGGUGUCAGGGGUGUCCAGCAAAUCAUGCAAGAGCUGGUCGACAACGGCCAGUGACCGCCGCUUUUGAUGUCUACAGCGACUUCCUGUCCUACAAAACAGGUGUGUACAAGCACACGACCGGCUCCUACGAAGGUGGACACGCCGUGAAGAUCAUCGGAUACGGCACGGAGAACGGUCAGGACUACUGGCUGGUGGCCAACUCAUGGAACGAGGACUGGGGUGACAAAGGCUUCUUCAAGAUUGCCAAGGGUAAAAACGAAUGCAGUAUUGAGAGUGAGAUCGUGGCAGGAGACGCAUAACCACUUUUAGUUGUAUAAAAAUUAUACUUUUACAAUAAACGAUGUUUUUUAUU